AUGGAACGCAUCCCAGACGCAUUAUGCCAGCAACCGGCCGGAAAAUACGAGCCAUCUUCAGCCCGACAGCCUCUAACUCACAAGCAGUUCUCUCAGGAAUACGAGCGAUCCUCCUCACUAAGUGAACUGAUUGCCCCCAAACAGCACCAAAAGGAGGUGUUAGAGGCGGCCAUUGGUGCCUCGGUGCCUGUUGACCGUGACUUGGCCUCCAAAAUAACAGUCACUUCCCUCAAGUCCGGUAAUUCCAUCUACGAUCGUGUGGCCGCUGCUCUUAACCAUUCUGAGGACUUACCAGCUCAAAUUCUCGGACUUACACCAGAUCAUCGAAGGCAUUCAGCCUUCGCCUCCACUACCACAAAUGUAACCGCCCCUAUCGACCAUAUAAAAUCGACAUCCGGUUCUAGCCGACAGAGCUCAGGAUCGUCCUAUACAGGCUCUGUGGGCAAGCAGCAGACCAUGAUUGCAGCAGCCACACCAUCUGGUAGUAUCAGUACGGUUGCUACAACUAUAUCAAAGUCUCAUGUUUCAACGCACGUGAGGCAACGACUUAAAGACUGUGUGCUUAAUAAGAGGAGAAGCAAGGAGAGUGCGAUUACAGGCUCUAAAACGGCGUCGUUUGUAUCUCCUUCAAUGGAGUUGGAUGAGGAUUGGGGGCCUCCUACGACAGGUUGCUCAAACUAUCGGGACUACCACCCAACCGACUCCGAAUGCGGUUUUCCCAGUGGUUACGGAAUCCCACAGAUGAUGUGCACGGCAGGUCAAGUCGCUACCGGACAGCAAUCAGCCUUCCUUGCGGACACCAGAAAGCAUAUGGGCAAUCUUCCACCUUGGGCAUUUAUCGCGCUAUCCGCAGGACAGGAAAUACGCUCUAAUAACGAUACUUCGUUGGUGACACCUAGGAAUACAUCUGUGUUGCUUCGUAAAACUCUAUCAGAGCCCAGCCUUAAAAUACGCGGUAGUAGUGGAGCCUUGAAGCACAAGACCAACCGAAACGAUAGAAGAAGUGUUAACCCUCUAGCUGUUGCUGCGGCUGUUGUGAGCUCUGCCCCAUAUUUCGCGCACCAUACACGCGGCUCGCGGAGUAUCAGUGAGGCUGGAGAUGUUGGGCAGUGUUUAGGUCUUCACAAAGCCUCCUCUCGACCAUUGCCAACUCACUCGCAGCUCACACUGGAGAAUAAGGAACUAUCGAAGCAUUCCGAAGAAAGUGACAGUACGCCAAUGGAGGUGGCAAGCGAAGCAGAUUCUCAUGCAGCCACUACUAGCAUGAAAUUUGGUACAGUAGAUGUGGAUAUGAGUGAGACACGUGGGACCAUGUCGAAUUCACCAAAAUGCAUCGACGAUAGCGAAGCUGUGAUGGAAUUCCUCGCAUCACUCGCCACUAACCCAGUUGCUAUGACUGGAGGAUUGCUGAAGGCAAUACAAAACUAUCUUUGCUUAGUUCGUGAAUAUAUGAAACAAGAAAAAAGCAAGAAUAGUCAAGGAGGCAGUCCAAAAAAUACGGAUCAGUCAGUGGGCUUAUCUGGAGAAAGUGCAGAGUUAUGUGAAUUUGGAAGAGGUAGGCAGCAGUCAGGCCAGGCACCUUAUCGUCGAUGCAAGCAAGUUUCUGGCCUCCUCAGUCGCACUCGAUCAGCGCCGAUUCGCCUGACAGGGAAUGUGGUUCGCGGGAACUUUGGGGGCCCUACAAGUUGUGAGGGAGGUUCUGGAGGGAGUCUCAUCGACAGUGGAGGAGCCAGUGGGGUAGGCGUUGGACUGCUAUCCGCCGCAUCAGCAAUGGCCAUGGAGGCUGCUGCUUUGACAUCAACUUCAACCUUGAAGUCAUUCACUAAAACCGUCACAAGUGCCGGUCUCCCGGAGGAUGAGCAACGCAGCAAAAUCAUGCAACAGCUGCGUAGAAAACUGCUUGAAAAGAGUGAAUCACCAAAUAGUGAGCGUUCCUCGGGUUCGUCUACACUUGGAAAUGUGUGUGACCCCUUCUACCUUAAGGGAGGCCACCAAAAUGCUAGUCCGCUAUUGGAGAGGACCGCCUCAAGUCCAGUGGUGACACUGGCAAGGCGACCAACGACGGAAACUCCCGCGCAGAGUACUGAGUUCACAACAGUUUUGGCCUACGAUGUUGGCAUGCUUGCACACCGAUGCACCUGCCAGAUCGACGCCAAUCACCCGGAGAACCCCUCGCGUUUGGUCGCCAUCUGGCAAAGAAUACAGUCUUCAGGUCUCGCUGCAGAAUGUCAGCAUCAGCCAGGCCGGCGGGCAGCGCUAACGGAGUUGCAGUUGGCUCACCGGGACGUAUACACCGUGCUAUUCGGUAGCAAUCCAGCCAGCCGAUCUCGCAUCGAUCCCUCCCUGCUGGCCACCGUGCGCCUCUGUCGACUGCCCUGUGGAGGCAUUGGAGUAGACUCGGACACUGCAUGGCACACCGCUGGCCACACUGCUCAUGCUGCACGCCUCGCCGCCGGCUGCGUCAUCGACCUCGCCUGCCGCAUUAUCCUUCACCAAGCCCCCAACGGCUUCGCUCUCGUCCGCCCACCCGGUCACCACGCUGAACCCGGCCAGGCCAUGGGCUUCUGCUACUUUAACUCCGUCGCUGUAGCGGCUAGACGAGCUCAACUGGUGCGCGCCAUUUUUCCCCUUGAGGAGGGCGGCAGCGGCGUACCAAAUCUUUCCACCUCUCCGUCCACCAACGUAUACAACUCCUGUGGCCUACCAGUCGUCAAAAAAUCUGGGACCAUUAAAAGGACCAAUGAGCAUCUGCAGAUAACAAGGAUUUUGAUCAUUGACUGGGAUGUGCACCAUGGAAACGGGACACAGACAGUGUUUUAUCCAGAUCCAACCGUACUCUAUAUAUCAUUGCACCGUUACGACGACGGAGCAUUCUUUCCUGGAACCGGAGCACUAGAAGAAAUUGGUGAAGGAAUGGGCGUGGGCUUCACUGUUAAUAUUGCCUGGCCGAGUGGAAUUACAAUGGCAGAUGCAGAAUAUCUUGCUGCUUUUAGGUAUAUAGUUUUGCCGAUAGCACGGGAAUUUAAACCUGACAUGAUACUGGUCUCCUGUGGCUUCGAUGCAGCUCCAGGACAUCCGGCAAAUUUAGGUGGAUAUAAUGUAAGUCCAGCAGCUUUUGGAUGGAUGACGCGGCUGCUGACGAAUCAAGACAUUGCUGGUGGUCGCCUUGCUCUCUGCUUAGAGGGAGGUUAUGAGCUGAACAGUCUCUGUGAUUGUACUGAAGCGUGUAUACGGGCACUAUUACGGUCAACUUAUGAAAGAACCACUGGUCUACAAGAUGCCCCACUUUUGUAUCGACUGUCAGAUCAAGAAAGAACUAGAAAGCCUCAUCCUGCUGCACUAGAGACUUUAAAGCAAGUAUCUCGCUUCCACACCCCUUACUGGAAAUCUCUUUCUGCAAUUGAAAUCACCGGUACACCAGCUGAUGUCUGGCUGCCGAGCGGAGAGGAGGAAGAAUGCUCAUUUUUGUCAGCUAUUACAAAAUUUACAUCGGAGCAGUGCAAGCACUCACUAGGAAAGUUGGACAGUAAAAAUAAACCAAACUCCUGGCCUGAGACAGAACUGAUUAUAAGCGUGGGUACCAACAGCCAGCAAAUCAACCAACGUAAGUUCGUUAAGCAGGCCUGUUUAGAGGAAGACGACAUCAGCACUGCUUUGGAAGACGUCCCACUGGAUAUGACAGCAAAAUCGAUGAGGCUCCCCUCUCACGAGAUGUGUUCGCAGGCUGUCUCGAAAAUGGAGGCUGACGUAAACACAGCUCCAGUCGAAUCAACCGACCUAAUUACCGCUGCCGCAUUGGUCGGCCUGGCUGAUCUUCACGUUACACCCCAAACCGCAAAACAUUUCUAA